GAAAUUUAUAGAAGCUUGGGCUCUUCAGUGUGAUCUUCCCCAGAUUAUUCGCGAUCAAUCCAUUUGCCUUUGACGGAGGCCCGAAAGGCUUUGUGGCAAGUUUUAUUGAAUAAGGGUGCCCCUGUGUGCUCAGCCCUGAAGGGGGAAGCCCAACAUGUUGGAAAUGGCCCAAUCAAUGUGUAAUCCGAGUCUCACUUUACUUACCGACAGAAAUGCUGCUGCCGCAAGACAAGAACUUAGCAGGAGCCACAGCAGAUUAAGGGGCUGCCCAAGACUUCAUCCAAGACAAAGGCUUCAGAGGCAGCUUCUUACCGCCAGUGCAACUAUCACAAAGGAGCAGCAAAGCACUCCAAGCACAAGCGGCAGUGAGCACCUUAACAGCGGUACCACACCUGCCAACAUCAACUGGGAUGAACUGGGUUUUGGCAUUGAUCACACUGCACCGUACAUGUACAGAGCGACGUACCACCCAGGCAGCGGAUGGGAGGGCGGUCUUGAGCCCUACGGGCCGCUUCAGCUCGACCCCAGUGCUCAGGUGCUCAACUACGGGCAGUCGGUGUUUGAGGGCAUGAAGGCUCAGCGCAGCGCCAAGGGCAACAUUGUCCUGUUCCGGCCGGACGAGAACGCCGCGCGCAUGAUGGCCGGCGCGGAUCGGCUCAGCAUGCCGCCGCCGCCGCCGGAGCUGUUUCUGGAUGCGGUUCUGUCGACGUGCCGCGCGAACGCGCACUAUGUCCCGCCGCAGGGCAAGGGCUCUCUCUACAUGCGGCCGCUGCUUCUCGGCACCGGAUCUAUCCUUGGCCUGGGCCCGGCGCCAUCCUACUCUCUCGUGGUGUACGCCGCAGCUGUUGGCGCGUACUUCAAGACGGGGCAGCUGACGCCGAUUGACCUGAUCGUGGAGGAGCGCUUCCACAGGGCAGCCCCUGGCGGCAUGGGCGGCACCAAGGCUGCUGGCAACUACUCCCCGGUGCUGGUGGUUCAGCUGGCGGCGAAGCAAGCGGGCUAUGCGGAUGUGGUCUACUUGGACGCCAAGACGGACACCUAUCUGGAGGAGGUGUCCUCCUGCAACAUAUUUGUCGUCAAGGGCAACACCAUCAAAACUCCCCCUCUCGCGGGGACCAUUCUGCCGGGGGUGACGAGGAAGAGUGUGAUCCAGCUGGCGCGCCAGCUGGGCUAUGAGGUGGAGGAGACCAACGUGACAGUCACUGAGGCCAUGGAUGCCGAUGAGAUCUUCACCACCGGCACCGCCGUUGUGGUGUCCGCCGUCGGCAGCCUUACUCACAGGGUGAGCACCACUUCUAGUAUCCAUGAUAAGAGUCAACGGGGUCUCUGUGACUUUCUUGACAGAGUUUGUCCCUUGGCAACAUGGCCAGUAAAACAGCAGAGCCGUGACGGGGGCUGGGUAUGCAGCAACCUUCCUUGCCUGUGCUCAUUUGUGCUGCAGGGAAGCUACUUGCGAGCUAGGGGGAGAGGAAACAGUUUGGGGAGCCCGGCAAGCCCACCAAGACGGCGCUGCACAUCUAUGAGGCUCUGACAGCUCUGCAGCAGGAGAAGGCGGAUGACCCCUUCGGCUGGAUUGUGCCGGUGGCCUGAGUGUCGGGAGCUAAAUGAUAUGGGAGCAGCUUUUUUAUGCUUCAUGUUACGGCUUGACGACAAGUUCAAGGCUGAGAGAGACUAUGCAGUGCACGCUUUUGCGAUUUAAUCGACAUGACUGUGAUCACUGUGACGUGAUGAGGAAAAGCAACGUUUCAAUUGAAGAUUACCGCAGGAUGAAUUGCUCUUGUUGAAAUCUGCCUGGAUCCCCUGAAUAGGCCUCAGGCAGGCUGCCCUUUCAAAUUUGCCCUUUAAAGGGCCAACUUGGAGUGGGGGGGUCCAUCUGGUCUGCACGCAUGCUAAUUAAGCUUGCAAUACAUCCAUAUCAUUC